AUGGAAGAAAGAGAAACUGUUGUUGAGUACAUGUUCAGGAUCAACGAUCUUGUCAACAAUAUGAGAGCACUUGGUAAAGAUAUUAAGGAUGUUGAUGUUUGUAAGAAGAUACUAAGGUCACUCACUUCUAGAUUCAAUCCUAAAGAGACAAUUCUCAAAGACAAAGAUCUUUCUGAAGUGAAGCUUAACGAGCUUCUGGCCUCUCUCACUGCCUAUGAAAUGAGAAUUAGUGUUCCAGCUGUUCGUAGAAGAGAAGCUGCUCUUAAAGCAAAGGAAGGCCAAAUUCAGAAGAAGAAUGAGGGAGGAAACUAUAAAGGAAGGUUUAAUAGGAAAGCUCUUAUCUCAGAUUGGGACGCAGCUCCUGAAGAAGAUAAACCUGAGGAGACACAAGAAGAUGAAUGUCUCUUUAUGGCAAUUCUCGAAGCACCACAAACUCUAGUUCAAGUUAAAGAAGAUAGUGACACUGAGAUUGAGGAAAUUCUUAAAGAAUGUGAAAGGCUUGCACCUCAGAGGUUCAAGGGUGAGUUACUUAAUAACACCUACAGUGCUCUAAGCUUCAAUAAGAGAGACUUUGUUAUCACAGCUAUAAGGAACUUCAAGAUAACUAGAAUGUAUGUCAAGAAGUCAGACUUAGCUUCAGCUCAGAAGGUCAAGUACAGAGGAUCAUUGAUGAAAACUAAAAUGAUGUGGAUUCUGAUGAAAUUAAACUCUGUGAGCCUUCUAGUGUAUACAGUUUUUAAAGCUUGUAACACUCAGGACAAAUGGUAUGUUGAUAGUAGCUACUCUAGACACAUGACAGGUGAUGAAUCCAAAUUUACUUCUGUGAAGCAGUUUGAUGGGGGAAAUGUUAUCUUCGGAGACAAUCAAAAGGCAAAAACUAGUGGUAUUAGAAAUAUAAACAAGUCUGAAGAAUUACCUAAGAUUCAUGAAGUUCUACUUGUUGAAGGGCUCAAACACAAUCUUCUCAGUGUUAGCCAACUGUGUGACAAUGGAAAAGAAGUAUGCUUUAAUAAAAAAAAGUGCAGUGUGGUUGAUCUCAGAUCCAAACAAGUCAUUUUCUCGGCGUAUAGAUCCUCAAGAAAUGUUUAUACUAUCACUGAAGAAACUUAG